UCCAAGUGUUUCCACGUAGAGCGAGAAGAGGGCGGUGAUUAUGGGCGAUGUCCAAGAGCAGGAGAACCUGGGCGCCUGGCUGGUGGCGGCCAACACAAUUCGCGUGGAGCCGUUUAAGCUGCCCCCGACUGGCAGCGAUGAAGUUAAGGUCCAGAUGAAGGCGGUCGGUAUCUGUGGCAGCGAUGUCCACUACUACCGGCACCUCCGUUGCGCGGAUUUCGUGGUGACAGAGCCGAUGGUGAUCGGGCACGAGUGCGCGGGGCUGGUUGUGGAGGUGGGCAGCAAUGUGAAGCAUCUCAAGGUUGGGGACCGCGUGGCGCUGGAGCCCGGCGUCUCGUGUAGCCACUGCACACACUGCAAGACCGGCUCCUACAACCUCUGCCCCGAGAUGAAGUUCUUCGCCACGCCCCCCAUCCAUGGAUCGCUCGCAAACUACGUGGUCCAUCCGGCGGAGCUGUGCUUCAAGCUGCCGGAUGGCGUGUCCGUGGAGGAGGGCGCUAUGUGUGAGCCGCUGAGCGUGGGUGUCCACGGGUGCCGGAGGGCGGGCAUCGUCCCAGGCGUCCGGCUCCUCGUGCUGGGUGCCGGACCCAUCGGCCUGGUGACAAUGCUGGCGGCCAGAGCCUUCGGCGCCACACGGAUCGUGGUCACGGACGUGGACGCGUCUCGCCUGGCGGUGGCUGCGCAGCUGGGAGCGCCGGACGUGAUCACGGUGCUGGUGUCGACCAAGACCGAGGACGUGGAGGCGGAGGUGCGCGAGAUCCAGGGCGUGGCCGGGGGAGAGGUGGACGUGGCCAUGGACUGCGUGGGGGUGGGCAAGACGAUGCUGACGGCGCUGCGAGCGAGCAAGGCGGGGGGCAAGGUGUGCCUCAUCGGCAUGGGGCACACCGAGAUGACGCUGCCGCUCACGGGCGCGGCGGCGGCGCGAGAGGUGGACGUGGUGGGCGUUUUUCGUUACCGCAACACGUACCCGCUGUGCAUCCAGCUGCUCGAGUCGAAGCGCAUCGAUGUCAAGCCGCUCAUCACGCACCGCUUUGGAUUCUCGCAGCAGGAGGUUGUGGAGGCGUUUGAGACGAGUGCCAAAGGUGGCAGCGCCAUCAAGGUCAUGUUCAACCUCUAGAUCCUCGUAUUACAUCUAUGGUUCUAUGGUUCUAUCGUUCCCUUGUGAAACGAAUUGGCAUUGUCCGCGCUA